AUGGGUGGCGUUGCCAACGAUACUGAUCAUCGGUCUUCGCACCUACAUGCAUUUUUGCUGCCCCGGGCAUCUGCACCAGAAUCGAUUCGAAAGUGCUCCGACAAUCCCCCCUCCCCGUGUACAGUUAGCUUCUCCCAGCCACCCGAAAACACAUCUACCUUUAGGGUUUGGGUGCAGCAAACAACGAAGGCCCAGCCGUUGCCCCCAAAGAAACUCCUUCUUUCCUCUUCCUCCUCCUCCCCUCUACCGCCCUUUUCGCGUCAUCGUGACGGCGUUUCGCCACUGGAGCCCAACAGUAAUCAGUCGUUACCGACGGCUACUCGCGUAGACAGCGUGGUGGGCGGUAACGGUGGUGUGAUGAACGUGGAAGACGCCUUUCUCAAUCGUUCCUCUGUCCUCUUUGUCGCCGUCUCCUUCAUCCUCCUCAUGUUCAUCAGUCUGGCCUGGCUCGUGUUCUACUACGUUCAGCGUUUCCGAUAUCUGCACAGUAAGGAGCGAGCCUCGCGUCGCCUAGCUGAACUAGCGCGCAAGGCCGUCGCAAGAAUUCCCUUAAAACUGCUCCAAGCCGGCGACAAGGUGCGUUGUCUGCCUCCCUCUCUCGCUCUCUUCUCAGCAAAAAAACCCAGGCCAAUCACGCUUGUUCCAUCUGUCUUUGUUUUGAUAGCAGACGUGUCUUCCUUUCAGGAAAUCGGCAUCAACGGAGAACACUGUGCUAUCUGCAUUGAACCCUAUCGACCCUUCGACAACAUCCGAAUCCUGCCUUGCAGGCAAGUUCUCUUUCCACUUCCGUCUUCGUAUGUGGAACUACCCGUGGAUGGUAUUGCUGUAAUCCAACUUUACUGCGCUCCCUAG